UACAAGUUCCGGGAUGUCGCUGUGGAGGAGCUGCAGAAGAUCCACCGGCUCCACCCUGGAAUGAAGCCGUCCACGGGCACUUACACGUUCACUGACGGCACCCAAAAAGAUCUGCUGAAGUUAAACGGCGUCAUCCCCGUCAGGUACGAGGGUCGCUCCUACAACUUCCCCGUGCAGCUGUGGCUCCUGGACUCCUUCCCCUUCACCCCUCCCAUAUGCCAUCUGAAACCCACGCCCAACAUGGUGAUCAGAGAGGGAAAGCACGAGGAGCCUCCGCUGUCCACCAAGACCUCGAAGGACGCCAAAGACCCCCACGAGCUCCUGGCGUUUGUGUCAAAACUUCAAAUCAAAGAAGGGGGAGUCAGGGACCACGAGCAGCCGCCCCACAAAGUCUCAGUGGUCGGGGGAGGGGACCUGGGGAUGGCCUGCGUGAUGAGCAUUUUAUCCAAGUGCAAAGUGGAUAAACUCGUUUUUAUGGACGUCGCCGAGAGCUCCACCAAAGGCGGAACCACAGACCUGGAGAUUUUCAGGCUGCCGAACGUGGAGGUUUCCAGAGACCUCUCGGCCUCUGCCGGCUCCAGAGUCGUCGUGGUGACGGCCAACGCGUGGAGCAGCGAGCAGUCCUACGCGCGGGUGGUCCAGACCAACGUGGAUUUGUACCGAGGGAUCAUCCCCAGCCUGGCGCACCUGAGCCCCAACGCCGUGAUGCUCAUCGCCUCGCAGCCAGUGGACAUCAUGACGCACGUGGCGUGGAGGCAGAGCGGCCUGCCUCCGACCAGGGUGAUCGGAGCCGGCUGCAACCUGGACUCGGAGCGCCUGGCUCACAUUCUGGACAUCAACCUGAACGCCCACCAGCCCGCGUGGGUCAUCGGGGAACUCUCGGACAACAAAAUCGCUGUGAUGAGCAACAUCGGACUGAGCUCCAGUGCCACGCCGGAAAUAGCCCCCGGCCCCGCUUCUACCAAACCACUGUUAGACAGAGCCUUUGAGCUUCUGAAGAAUCGAGGCCAGCGGUCCUGGUCUGUGAGUCUCUCCGUAGCCGACAUCACCAACAGCGUCCUGACGGAUAAAAACAAGGCGCACUCCGUCUCCACGCUGGCUCAGGGCUGGGGUGGUAUAGGCGCGGAGGUCUUCCUAAGUCUGCCGUGCGUCAUGGGUGCAAACGGCUCCACUCGCCUGGCUGGAGUGACACUGGGACCAGAAGAGGACUCCAAACUGAGGGAAAGCGUAGCCUCCCUGUCUACCCUCAUGGGCCAGCUCAGGCUGUAA